AUGUUGCAGAAAUGGUUUUCGAGUUUGAUAUACGCCGGUGGCCAGUUCACAUUGUUCCUGGUGGCAUAUACGUUUUUUGAUUCCAACGCUCUGUUGAGCUUUAACAAGUACGUUAUGUACACGUACAUCGGGUCAUGUGUCAUCAGUGUGGCGUUUGUUCAUUUCUGCUUGCCCGAGACUCGUGGCCUACCCCUGGACCGGGUGCUGGAGACGGAAAAUAAUUGUGUCGACCCCGAAAAUGAAUGA